AUGAACCAUGUGGUCUCAUUAAAGUUUCUGGCUUUUUCUCAGAUUUGUGAAAGCCUCAAAAACAACCAUAUGAUAACUAACUACCUCAACAACAACAACAACGCAAAGGAAAACAGCUUCACUAAAGAAGCCAACAACAACAACCUUACACACUACAAUGCAAACCAACAACAACCUUUUCAGCAGCAGCAGCAACAACAACAACAACAUAUGAACAACCACACCAUAAAAGAAAACCAACAUCACUUACAAAGUGAACAACGCGUCCUUUCCAACAAUAAGCACCAUCACCAUAGUCAGCUUUCGAAAUCAGAAAGACCUCAGAACUUGCACUGGAGACAGAGCAGACGAACCAACAAUCCAUUCAAAAGCAGACCACGGCAUCAACUCAUCCACCAUUCUUCACAUCAAUCCAAGCCAACCGACAACAACAUCAACAACAACAUCAACUGCAACAACAACAACAUCAACAGCAACAUCAACAGCAACAACAACAUCAACAUCAACAACAACAACAACAACAACAUCAACAAACAACCAACCAGCAGUUUCGCAACAAAACAAACAUCUAAUGGAGAAUUUGUGAUGGAUAUGAUGACUAAUGAGUGUGGGGGCUUGCCCGAGGCAAAUGCACAAAGUGAGAAAUUUAUGUCUUACGUCAUCGUUAUAUACGUCAUCUCUUACGUCAUCCUCACAUCACGUGACGUCAUCACUUACUUCAUCCUCGCAUCAUGUGACGUCAUCACAUACUCGCAUCACGUGACGUCGUUCCUUACAUUUGGUCUUCAAGUUAUGUCACCGAAUUAA